GGGGAAGGAUAGAAAGAGGUACGGUGUGGAAGUCACUCUUCAACACAACGCGGCGCUAUGUUAGAGUGUCUUCACGUCGUACUCCUCUUCUUCGGGUAUGGAGUCCUGGCCACCACUGACCGUCCCAACAUCGUCUUCAUCGUGGCCGACGAUAUGGGACGGCACGACACAGGCUUCAACGGAGGUGACGUGAGGACCCCAAACAUGGAUGCGCUGGCCGCUCAGGGCGUCAUCAUUAGCCGGCACUACACCCUUCCAUCCUGCACACCCUCCCGCGCAGCUCUCAUGACUGGCCGCUACCCCAUCAGGAGUGGAAUACAAAGCAAACCCUUGCCAGCAGGAGUACCCCUUUCCUUGCCAUUGACGGAGAAAAUAUUUCCACAGUACUUUCAUCAGUUGGGAUAUGAAGCUCAUUUAUUAGGCAAAUGGCACCUGGGCUACGAGACCCCGAGCCACCUUCCGACAAGAAGGGGUUUCGACUCCUUUUUCGGCUACUUGAACGGUUACGUCAGCUACUACGACGCCACUCAUUCACAAUCGGGAGUCAACGGGCGCGAUAUGAGAAGGAACGAAGAAGGAGCGGCCCUCGAGGUCUACGGCAAGUACCUGACCAAAGUCCUCUCCGACGAAGCUGUCUCCGUGAUCGAGAAGCAUCCGGGCCGCGGCGGCUUGCUGCUGUUCCUGAUGCACGCGGCGCCGCACACCGGCAACUUGGCCUAUCCCAGGGAGGCUCCUCCGGGCCUAGCAACCAAUGCCACUGAUCGGGAGCAGCUUAGAGAAACAGUGAGACACCUUGACAAUUCAGUCGGAGAUGUUGUAGCAGCCCUGAACAAGAAGGGGGUCCUCAACAACACGAUCAUAGUCUUCUUCUCCGACAACGGUGCCUCGACAUUGGACGAGUUGUAUCACUACGAUAAUUUUGGUUCUAAUUGGCCACUCAGAGGGGAGAAGAUGUCCAAUCGCGACGGCGGAGUCCGGACGCCAUCCUUCAUCUGGUCCCCGAUGUUGAGGGAGCAGGCGAGGGUCAGUCAGGAGCUCUUCCACAUCACAGACUGGCUUCCAACGCUCUACACCGCAGCUGGAGGAAAGCUAUCAGACAUAUCCGGUUCAGUGACUAUAGACGGAGUUGACCAAUGGGGAUUCCUAACAACUUCAGCGGCACCACCGAGGACCGAAAUUUUGGUGGAUAUCAAUGAUGUCUACGGAUCAGAAAGUUACAUAAUCGACAACUGGAAAUUAAUUAAAGACUCUCCUCCGAAUCAGCCAAUUGCAUUCGCAAGUAAGUACUACGGAGACAGCGGAGACGAUUUCACCUACAACGAACUCGAAGUAGACAUCAGACGAGCGGUGAACCAGUUACCGCAAACUAAGGUGAGUUAUGCCGAGGUGAGGAAGAGAAGUGCCCUGAAGAGGAGGUGCGACACCACCGAAGAAGCUCUGAAGGUGGACUGCCACUCCAAGUACUGCCUCUACGACAUCCUCGAAGACCCAUCCGAGUGUAAGGAUUUGGCGAGCAGCCAUCCGGACAUCGUGAAGCUGCUAUCGGGCCGCCUGAAGGACUACAGGAAGGUCAUGGUACCAACCGCCAACUUCAGCUACGACCCGCGAGCGGACCCCAAGAACUGGGACGACUAUUGGUCGCCCUGGAUGGAGGACGAACCUGGGUCUGGUGCCAGCGCUUCUUUACUUCUUCCAGAACUAUUGAUUUUACUGUUGAUUACCAAUAUAUUGAUCUGCGUUUUUAGUUAGGCAAAAAGAAAUUAUCAUUAGGUACUAUAUCAUUUAUGAUAAAUCUACGGAAUUAUCUGAAUGGUUUAAUUUUUAAAUCUGUACCAUCAUUAAAAAAAAUAAAUUGUAUAUAUAUUCUUCUAUUUAAAAAUAAGAAUUUAACUGUGAUAAAAAAAAAAUAUGAUAAAUGUGUGGUCUCAUAUAACAGAUGGACGUAUGUCAUUUUUAAAAAGUUGAGAAAAAAGCCUGUUAUAUAUAUCCAAUUCUAAUAAUUUUGUUUUAUGAUUCAACUUGAAUAUUCCUAAAUGAAAACAUCAGAAACAGUUGGUAAUCAAUCUAUAAAACUAAAAUUUACUAUUUUUUUUCGCUUUCUGAAAAUUUCAGGGACAUCCAUCUUUGAUAUGAAGCCACUCAAAUAACUGUGAUUAAAAAAAUUACAUGAAAUGUUAAUGGUUUGACCAUGACCAGAAAGAAUCUCUUCAGUAAUUGAAGAUCGUGUAAAUUAAGAUGAUAAUUUUAAAAAAUUAAAUAAAUAAAGUAAAAUAAAAAAUAAAUAAACAAGUAAAAUAAUAGAUUAAAGUUGAGUAAAAAUAAAGUACAUUUUUUUUUAAUAGAUAUCAUACCUAUGUAUAAUACUUUUCGUAAUUAGUUUUUCAAAAUGUUGAAACGAUCGUCAUCCCUACAUUUGUUAUUCAUAUUUGUUGUUAUAUUAUUUGAAGUGUUUUGACUUAGGACAUAACACAGCUUCUCUAUCUUGACCUCUGUGGCUAGCCAUAUGUAAACAUGUGUAAUGUGUAAAAAAAAAUAAUACUUUAAACGGUAGAGAGCAUAAAAAAUUAUAAUCAAACAAAUUAUGUAAAUAUAUAAAUAAAAAUUUAUUUUAUUUUAU